GCAACAAAAAACACGAAAGGAGCAAGCCACGGCCCAGCGAGCAGCGGCGCUGGGCACAUGGGCGGUGAGCGAGGCGCAACGCCGGCGGACAGCAGUUGUUGCGAGGAGAGCAUCUGAAGCGAGCUGCCGUCGGCGCGGGCGGACUCGUGAAAGCGCAACGCGCGUCAGCUGCAGGUGUGCGCGCCUCCACCGGCAAGCAGAGCCCCGGCCCUUGAGCCGCCGCGCGCUCGCGCCCACGACGCUGUGCUGCCGUCGCUGCUGCCCACCGAGGCGCGUCCCCCCAUGCGCGCAGUUAGGCCUAGCUAGAAGAACGCCGCCGCACGAGACGAUCACCACGACGACACACGCACGGGGCCGGAUUACGAGAGGCGAGCAAAGCGGCGCAGCGCGACCACGUCCCCCAUGUCCGUGGCCAACACCGAGAGCUCAAUGACUCUGAGCCAGAGCAUGGAUUCCGUCAACACGGUCGCCGAGGAAGAGGUGAGUGUCCCACGCUGUUGUUCUUGCUCGGUGGAACCGUGCGGCGUUCAUUCGGUGCGAACACUCUUCGUGAGUGGCCUUCCCAUGGACGCAAAGCCCAGGGAACUCUACCUACUAUUCCGUGCCUACAAGGGAUAUGAAGGAUCUCUGCUGAAAGUCACACAAAAGAAUGGAAAGACAUCUUCGCCCGUAGGUUUUGUAACAUUUUCCUCGCGAGCUGGUGCAGAAGCCGCCAAGCAGGAGCUUCAGCAGGGCGUGCGGUUCGACCCCGACCUUCCACAGACCAUCCGGCUCGAGUUCGCCAAGAGCAACACAAAGGUUAGCAAACCGAAACAGCAGUCUCCUCCCGCCGCGGCCACGCACCCGACACUCCUGCACCCUAUCACGGGACAAAUCGGCGCUGCCCUGCUGCCGGGGACCCACGACGGCUGGCCACACCACCCUCUCUCCUACGCUGAAGUGCCCGUCACCACUACCCUGCACACUGCGGCUCUCAUGCACCCGGCCCUCCAUGCGCAGCUGCCUGUGGAUCUCUGCUGUCUACAUUCGUGGCUAGCGAUGGAGCAUCGAGACCGACAACUGAUACAGCACACUUUGCUGGGAACUCCUGUGCAGCCUCCGUUGACGAUGCCGCACCCCCUGUCGCACGCGGCGCUGGCUGGCAGUGCAGCUGCGAUGCACGCGACCAUGCCGCCCCCGCACCUGGUCACCAGCCCGGCGCUCGCGUCACCUGUCGGCUCCACCUCGUCUUCGGCUGCCGCAGCGGGAACGCCACCCUGCUCCACGCUGUUCGUGGCCAACUUGGGACAGUUCGUCUCCGAGCAAGAGCUCAAGGACCUCUUCGGAAGUUUCCCGGGUUUUUGCCGCUUGCGUAUGCACAAUAAAGGUGGCGCUCCCGUAGCUUUUGUCGAAUAUCAAGACGUCCGCCUUGCAACACAUGCUAUGAAUGCCUUGCAGGGCUGUGUACUGUUCUCCUCAGAUCGAGGUGGAGUCCGCAUUGAAUUCGCCAAAAACAAGAUGGGAGAGGUAUCCCGUGAAUGAUGAACUGCAACAGUCGAGAAAACGCUUCAAGUUUCCUUAGGUGAAUCUCGGUGUGUGCUCGAGGGGUGUACACAGCAGGCUGCAGUGCAAGCAACCAAAGGCGAAGGCUUGGACAAUAUUUUCAGUACAUUGCAUUAUUCGCGUUUCCCGCGGGAAACGCCACUAGUUUGUGAUGAAAAAAAAAAGUUAUUUAGGCAAGCAUUGAGUGUUUAGCGACUAUUUCUUUUCUGGUUUCCUUUCGUUUUGUAUACUGUCUUAUUGUCUUGCUACCCUUUAUCGUGCUUCGGCGUAUCGGCACAGCGCAGCUUUUAUCCGUGUGAGGUGACGAUACUGUAUUUGUGUGAUAGAUGAGUAUAGUUUAGAAGUCUGUUGUGCAGAGCGCCGACUGACUGGUGUCAGAGCGCCGACUACCUUUGAUGCUUCAAAACGUCUUUGUCGGGAGUGUCUGAGUACAUGCUUAGUGUUCUUUUUCUCGCGUUUUGUCUUCUGAAAGCUGUCCUUGCUGAUACAGUGCAUCCCGACGUCUUGUGCUUACAUUCACGCGGUUGUGCCAUGCGUUGGAUUGCGCUUGCGGAAAACUGCGGAAAAUAUAUUUGUGAACUCUGCAUGAUACUCCAAAGUACAGCCAGCUAAUACAACUAUCGCUAAUACAUGUUGAGACCAAAGAGACAGCUGUUUGAACCGAAAAACAGAAACAAGAAAUUGGGUUCACAAUGAUGUACUAGUCACAGUGUACAAAGAAAAACUGUAAUCAAUAUAUUUAUAGCAAGACGAUUUUUAUCGUGUGUGUCAUGGAGAUAUAUUCUAAAUUUAAAGCUUAAUUUAUUUAAUCAAUAGUGUGAACUUUUAUUGUGCUAGCACUCAAAAUAGGAUGCGGACUUUUUAAGAAUUGUACUGUGAACAGGGAAAACAUAACAUCAUAGAUAUCAGAGCAUACUUUGCUUCCGAGAUGUAUUUUUGUGAGGCAGUAAUGUUCCCAGUGACCUAUGAAUCCAACUGAGUUUGUGUAUUCUUUGAACUCAUUACUAACGCCUUUUCUCUAUCAAUAAUCAUUUGCUUUUCAUUAUUUUUGGGUCGUGCCGAUAUGUUUGUUUUGUUAUAUAAUUUACAAGUGCUACCUUUUUUUCAUUCAUAACCAUUGAAUAUGUUACUGCUUGUUUGGACCAUUUUUGCAUGAUUAUUGUGUAUUGUAUUUUUGUUACUAAAGCUAUUUAAUUAUAAACUUUGAUUUUGAGUCUUCCUUGUUUUCAAUUCGACAUCAAGACUUUGAAAACGAACAUUUUAAUCACUUGUUUUGAAGUAGGGAGAAUCUUGGUGUGUGUGAGUGAAUGUGCUAGCAAUCGUCGUCACUUGGGUUCUAAAAGGAAAUCAUGAACCAUUUGAGGCCAAGUUGCAAGUGCAUGUAAAAAUUCCAAUUGCAAGAACAAGCCGGUGCACGUGCUUAGACACCUAUUUGUGGACGACAUUCUACCAUACCAAACAAUAAGGGCGCGAACAGUGGGAAGUCGUCGUGACCUCAGAACACUGCGCCACACAGAUAAUUUGCUAGGACGUCAGAUAUUACAAUGACCUGACGAUUGCAUUUACGUCAAAUCUUGCUCAAGGUGAUCAAUACGACGCGCAUAUUUUGAACUGGCACUUUCCACAAAAGACUGACUUCAGAACUAUGCCUUAAUUGCCAUGCGUUCAGCGCUCAAAGAGAACACAUUAACGACCAUGGCGUUGUUAGCACAUUGUUAACCGUAGCUGAACGCGUGGUAUACAAGCUUUCUUAAAGUUGGUCGCACAAAAGCACACUUGAACAGACGCGCGGCACUUUCAAUUGCACCAGUGAAGGAUUACUAAAGUUCCUUUAAUCGGUAUUUCCAAAUCACAGCAAGAUGCAUGCAUUCAUAUUGUGUCGAAGAAUCUACAUAGUGCACAUCACACCUUCCUAUAGUUUUGUAGGUUGUGGAAACACAGAUACGCAACGCCGUUCUCAGAGGAAGGAGCUGAGAGAAGACAACUUGUGCCUCAAGGAGAUCAAGGGACCAUCGGCAUUUCUUUAGAAAUGAUGUGUAGAUUCGAAAAAUUGCCACACUUCUUUCACUAUGUUAUCUGCAGGUACGGAAAAAUGCGAAACAGGAUCCAGCGGUGUAAUUCCCUUGAAAAAAAACAGUGGUUUCAUUAUGUUCAAUUUUUUUUCAUGCUAGACGCAAGAACCUAGAUAAGAGAUUCUGUUCGUCCCUAAAGUCUGCGUGAAGUUGACGUGUGUGUUUCCGCAGGAGCAGUUGUUAUUGGUAUACAAAAGACACAAGACAACAAUACACAAUUGGAAGCUCCGGCUGAAUGCAUUGUGAUGCAGGUGAAACGGUAUCAAUGCGAUUUUAAAAAAUGACAUGCUUCGCACAUAUCAUUUUUACAUAGUGAGGGCUACUACGCCAUUUCCAGAGGAAAGGUCAUGACAUAAUUUGUGUCGUGGUCUGGCAUAUUUUAGAAAUAUCUUUAAUUCGUAGGAAUUAGUGGGUGCUGACGUGCUUGUGCAACACUUCACAGAGAGAGAGGUGACGUUAGCAUAUUGAUGUAAUAACCGGACACCGAAAUAAUUUCUGCAUCUUUCUACGGACAGCAGAGUGUCAGGUUUGUUUCGGCUGCACCCGGUGAGGAUAGUCACGUUUAUUUUCGCAGCAUCUAUGCAUCGUGGAGAAGCCGUUUCUAUGGCAAAGCCAAUAAACCUUCGGAACAGCAGCACCCUUAACUUAUCACUAAACAGUGGUUACAUAUAACUUACUCCUUGUGUCGGUGGUCCCAUUACGUACCUUAUAUCCUUCCUUCUGUUACGCUUCUUGCUUUCUCUUCGAAAACAGUUCCAGCUAGUAUUGUCCUUUAUGUUGUCGUUACAUCAAGUCUAUUCAGUUUCGUCGGCACGCGUUCGGCCAUUGUGUUGACCUCGGCAAAAUUGUCUGAAGCACUCAGCCUGUAAUAAAUCCCCGCGUUUAUAGCUGAAGCGGCCUGAACUAGCACUCAUUGAUAGAGUUGCUCCGAUGGUCCUUCCUGCAGGCAUUUGUGUGGCUUUCAAACGCACCGUUGGGCACUUAGGAGUCUAAUGUGGGAAACCUUCGUACAAUAUCGCUUCUCAAGGGAUCAUACAGCAAGCCUACGUAAGGAUAGCUUAAAGAGUCAGUCAUUAUUCCGGCAAAUAUGUUGGUACUUGCCAGCCAUAUUCCUUUGAGGGCCCUGAUGGACACAGAACUCUUGCAUCGCACUGCGUCCUCAAUACAAAUACUGGCAGCGAACUUUUUUGAGCAGUUGUAUUUUGACCCCCAUUUACUCUUACGAAAUAUUUUUACACUGCCGGAUUUGAGCUCGUAGUCCGGCAUAACAGGUGUAAAGGAUAGCUCAACGCAUUAUGCAAUGAUUACACGGCAGAAAAAAAGAAACUGGUCCAAAAAAGUCGCCAGAUGCUGGUUUUUAAAACAAAUCAGUCAGAAAUUAAACAAAACGUUGCUUCAAUAGCUAUGAUACUAUUGAGAUGAAGCUGUUACGUUAAACACUAAGGUUCUGUCUUCACGAUGAUUUAUUCUGAAGAAAGCUAACACGCCUACGUAUGUUUACAGCUUCCAACGACAGUCAUUGUUGCUUGCUUUCUGAGCCGAUCGAAAAAAAAUACUGUAAUGUUAGACUUGGUUGUAUGAUAUCGCCAAUAAAUAUAUAAAUAAAAAACAUGGAAUACAAGGUCGGUGAUUUGACUUGUGCGAAAAAAUUGAUGUUCGGAACAUGGGCCUCUUGUAUGUAUGCUCAGAUGAAUUCAUAGCCGAAGAAUAGACUCAUUGGUUAUAUACAAAAGUGUACAAAAACAAGCUCCAGAUGCACAUAAUGAUCGUUCACACCAAAAUGACAGCUGUUUUACAAGUAUGAUGCAUUGAUUUUAGAGUGCAAAUUUGGUCACUCUGAAAACGUUAAGCGCGCUCUUGAUCCAUGCAAUAGCAGGUUACUGUUCUCCCAUCGUCUAUUGCAUAAUGGCCAAACUGCGCGUUGAUUACUUCUUGGCAGGACAAUAAGGAAAUAUAGUUGUAGGGUAAUGUUACUUUAUUCUAUAAGUAGUUUGAUAAAUGGUAUCCAUCAGUCAGGAGCCAGAAUUUUAAAAUUGUGUACGCCUAUGUGCGAAUUCUUCCCGGUCCAGUGUGUUUCUUUUAGCCCCAAAUGUUUCGAGAAAUAUGGGAGGGAUGACUUCCCUCAGGUUUGUUGUUCUGUGGCUUCGGAAUGAUUCAUUGCACAAUUAGCUGAGACAUCACUCUUACGAAAAGACAAACUGACGAGGACACUAGCAUAAGCUUGGCACCGAAGUUACAGGACUGCAGGUGGUAUGCAGCACCAAUUUUUGUGGCCCGAGUGUCGGUACAAAGCUGUGUGAAUAACUUCUCAAUAUAAAGAGGCCACAUAUUCUGAAACACUUGUAGAGCUUCUCGAAAAGUUAGAGCAAGCAGCUCAAAUGCUUUGUAGCAAUUGAUACUUAGAGGUAUGUGUCCGCAGCAAAUUUUUUGGUCAAUGUGAACAUAUUAUUAUGCAAGUAUGCGAAGCAGCGCACAGCCGGUUUGAUGGGACCACACUAUCAAAAUGUUAACGUAAUAGUAUUGUAGCAAAAACAGCAAACUUAUCGACCCUCUAGUUGCCCUACUGCCUGAAGUUAGAGGGUGGUUUUCCUCUCUUGAAUCUGUGCGACAUCCUUAGAUUUCAACGCUUUGUUUAGGUUUCGCAACGCCGGAAGUGGGCGAAGCAAAUAUUUUGUGGAACAUACUGCAAUCUUAAUGCAUAUAGAAAAUUAUUGUUCUUUUGAUAAUUGCAACAGGUCGCAGUGAACCACUUGUUGAGUGAUUAGCUUCAGUGAUUACGACUUAACUGAGAACACAGUCUUUUACCGGAAACACGCUCUUACAUACUUUCAAAAUAUUUGCUCCUCUAAGCUCUGAGUGCUCUCAGCUUACCAUGCUACAAAAAAGAAAAGAAAAGGAAUUCCGGGCACGCUUCGUAAAGUGGCAAUCCUGUGCAGGGGUAAUACGAAAGCCUGACUGAGCCAGAUGGGAACCUUGACGCAGUCACAGAAGAAAUGCCGCGCUCAGAAAUUGUGCUUUCUGUAGCCGAUAUUUUCAGUAUUCAGGCUCACAUUAAGACUAGCGUCCUCAAGGUGUAGCCUGCACUGUAGAGAACGUUCUGUCUUUAAUCGUUAGAAAAUACAGUAGACAAUCACUUAGCGGUACGGUGUUUGAGUUAAUGGGAGCAAAGGUUAUCGAUGAUAUUUUUUACGCUUGUUGAUCGUAGGUUCAGUUUGUUCACUCGCGUAACUUACGUAAUAAAAACGAGAACAAGUGCAUCGGGACGUCUUUAGAUUCGCCCAUCAAGCAUAAUAAGUAACAGCUGUAAAAUGCAUACGUAUGUGUCUUUGACUGAACUAAGCAAUGCUGAGUAGAUGUCGUACCCAAAAACGCGAAAUACAUGUUAUUUCAUGUUUUCAACUGUUUCUUGUAAUCCGAAACCACAAGAUUGUGCUGAGUCAAUUUCUUUAUUUUACACACCCAAGUACGGUGUUCAAGGCGUUUUUAGGACGAAAAUAAAGAUGGCUGAUAAGCGGUGCCUAUGCCCCAUUAUAUAUAUGUAGCCAGAUACAAAAACAAAUGCUUUAGUGUCUGACCUACCUUUACUUGUGGUCAUAUUCAUUUUCAAUCACUGUUACCGCCGUUUAGCAAAUUUUUUUUCGCAUAGAAUAUAGCUCUCGAACAAACGAGCAGAAAUUCUAUAUGGAAGUAUCUACGCAGAAAGCAUGCAAUUACCGUUUAGUUGACUUGCCAAGGUGAGCUGCUGAAUACACAUGUUCACCCAUUGCAUUUUUAUUUGCUGAUUAGUUGUGUGAUGAAAUGCGCAGAAGUUACAUUAUAUGCACUUUAUAGACUCCACCACGUUAAAGGAAUACUGGCCAAGGCCAUUUUAUAUGCACAAGCAUCGCUGUGUUGCUUCUCUGGUAAGGCCUGUGGCAGUCGUACAAUCAAGUGACGGCGUCAAGCUUUAUUACUGUUGUGUUAGCUUGGAAAUGUGUUACAGAGGAAAACAUAUUCCGGAUUACUCUGAUGGCGUAAGAGUAGCGUUCUGUGUUGGAUGGCAUGUUGACGUGAAUUAAGCCAAGAUGAAAAAAAAAUAAGAGGAAAUUGCAUCAUUUUCUGUGCUUUUAGACAACCGAUAUUCGUGUUCAAAUUUAGUGUGCGUAGACGUGUUGUGCUUGGUGUCUACUCUGAUAGAGAAGCUGAGCUGUCUAAGGAUGCAAACAUUGAUGCAAAGCGAAUAUUUUGUACAGUGUGCAAGAGUCUUGUGAAAAAUGGUGUCCUGCUUGUUAACCUUUUACUCGUGCCCCAAGAACACCAAUACUGCUUUGGCAUGUAGAAUAAAAAAUAGAAUAGGAUGAAUCCUAUAGGUUUGACACAUAUGUAUGCUUAGUUGGUGUUGGCGUUCAUAAAGACAAUGGCAUACUUAACAGCAUUGUAUUGAGCUGAACACGUCAAGCGUGCAAACGCUAAAGAAUGAAACAUAUCAUGAAAAAUUAUAGGCUCUCGCACAAUUCGUCUUGUUAAGUAGUCUCCGCAUGCUGUCGUGUCUGUUUAUUCACGGGUUUUGUCCUAUCCUUCCCAUAAUCGACGCCUUGGAAGAAAUAUGACAUUUGCAUUUUUGUAAACAGUCUCCUGACAUAAUAGAAACACAAGCUCCUCAUUUCGACGGGGGAAUGCAUGGGCGAAAAAAAAAACAUCAAAACAGUGGUGUUUAAAACCACAUGUUUCGCACCUGUUACAAGGACACUCUUUCUAGAGUUUGGAUUCUUGUGGUGACAAAUACAUAUUUUCAAAAUACGAACAAAUACGACUUACUUCCGACGUCUCAAUAACACCUAACUGCAUGACACUUUAGACUGAAACAACUGCACCCACUGCACAGUCUAUUCAAGCGUGGAAGCGCUUUGUAUAAUAAAACAAACUGCACGGGCAACAUCAAAUGUCACUACGAGUGCCUCUAAGUAAGCUUCUAACUCAAAAAAGUAAUUUACGCAACCUUGAUUUACGACUAUGAAGAUGUCCCAGAGAGUAGACAUACGGAGAA